AAAGCACUCUAAGCUUCUGAUUUUCACACCUAAAGUACAGAGCUUAGAAACAUUGUCCGUGAAACAGUGAAUGAUUCUGGGCUAUAAGGUUUCCUCAACACAAUGCAAGCAGUUCGGCCUCGCUAUGCAGUAAACCGGCCAGCUUAUUCUCAACCUGAGUUUGAUGAGGAAUUUGACAGGAAAAGGAGGAGCUUUCCUCUGGGGGACAAAGUAAAAAAGGUCUUCAGUUGUUCCAGUGGGCGGCUGAAAAGUCUUCUCUUCAGACACGUGCCAGUGCUCGGCUGGCUACCCAAAUACAACUUCAGACAGAACCUCCUGACUGAUGUUAUCAGCGGAGUCAGUGCAGGCACCAUUCAGGUUCCCCAGGGCAUGGCCUUUGCUCUGUUGGCUAACCUCCCCCCAGUCAAUGGGCUUUAUUCAUCCUUCUUCCCUCUCAUUCCAUACUUCUUUAUGGGCACAGCCCACCAAAUGGUGCCAGGCACUUUUGCUGUGCUGAGUAUCAUGGUGGGUAUGGUGUGUCUGAGGCUGGCACCAGAGUCAGAUUUUAGCCAUUUCAAUGCCACCCUCAAUGCCACUGUAGUGGAUGAGGGGAAGAUGAACGAGGUCCGCCUGGGCAUAUCAGGCACUUUGGCUUGUCUGACUGCCAUCAUACAGAUUGGUCUAGGCAUGAUGCAGUUUGGAUUUGUGGCCAUAUACCUCUCUGAGUCAUUCGUUAGAGGGUUCAUGACAGCUGCAGGUCUGCAGAUUCUCAUAUCUGUACUCAAAUACAUCUUUGGGAUCAGCGUGCCACCAUACAGUGGACCUUUGGCUGUGAUUUAUACCCUUAUAGACAUAUGCCGGGGCUUGCCUGAAACCAACAUAGCCUCUCUGGUGUUUGCCCUGGUCAGCUCUGUGGUGCUGAUCACAGUGAAAGAGCUGAGUGCUCGCUACCGCCAUAAAAUCCCCUUUCCCAUCCCCAUGGAGAUCAUCAUUGUGGUGGUGGCCACUGCCAUCUCAGGGCCACUGGAUCUGCCUGAGAAGUACCACAUGGACAUAGUGGGACAAAUCCCUUUGGGUUUUCCAGCCCCAAUCCUGCCCACUGUGUCUCAGUGGGAGGACAUGUUGAGUACAGCCUUCUCCCUCGCCAUAGUUGGAUAUGUCAUCAAUCUGGCCAUGGGCAGAACACUGGCCGCUAAGCAUGGCUAUGAUGUGGAACCCAAUCAGGAAAUGCUUGCUUUGGGCUUCAGUAACUUCCUGGGUGGUUUCUUUAAGAUUCAUGUCAUCUGCUGUGCUCUGUCUGUCACGUUGGCUGUAGACAGUGCAGGGGGCUCCUCGCAGUUUGCCAGUCUUUGUGUUAUGCUAGUCGUUAUGGUCACCAUGCUGGUACUGGGAGCCUAUCUAAAGCCGCUUCCUAAGUCAGUUCUAGGAGCACUCAUAGCUGUUAAUCUGAAGAACACAUUGCUGCAGCUCUCAGACCCGUACUACCUAUGGAAGAAGAGCAAAUUAGACUGUUGUGUAUGGGUUGUAUCUUUUUUGGCAACAUUCUUCCUGAGCUUGCCAUUUGGCGUUGCGAUUGGGGUGGGCUUUUCUAUCCUGGUAGUGAUUUUUCAGACUCAGUUUCGUAAUGGCUCAGAAGUGGCUCAGGUCAUGGAUACAGAUCUGUACAAGAACCCUAAAGUCUAUAAUAAGGUGACAGCAGUUGAAGGUGUGAAAAUUGUAAAGUAUUGCUCACCUCUUUACUUUGCCAACGCAGAGAUAUUUCGACGAAAGGUGAUCAGUAAAACUGGACUUGACCCAGGGAAGGUUCUCCUGGCCAGGAAGAAGUUUCUGAAAAAACAACAAGACAAAGAGAAGCAGGAGAUAAAAUCAAAGCAAAGUCAGGUGAAGGCGGCUGCCAGAAAGAGGAAACUAAGCUCGCUGAUUACAAUGAAGGCUCAGACCAUUUCACAAAUUGAUCUGCAGAGUGACUUUUACACUAUUGGUGCCGAUAUGCCUACGAGUUACGUCAACCCCUACUGUGACAUCACUGGCUCCACUGACCAGUUACCAGACCCUGUGCCCACUAGCCCACCUUCUGUAACCAUAGAGAUGCAGCCCAUGCCCUUCCAUACACUCAUAUUGGACCUAGCAGGAGUCUGCUUCAUUGACCUAAUGGGAAUUAAGGUUCUCACCAAGAUGAGCAACACUUAUAGCAUGCUGGGGAUCAGCCUGUAUUUAGCAAAUGUUCAAGCUCAGGUGCUUGAGGAGCUGGAGGCUGGGGGCGUGUUUGUUGAAAGCAGUCUUACUCCUGGUCACCUGUUCCUCUCUGUCCAUGACGCAGUCCUGUUUGCACAGCACAAAUCACUAACCUCUGACUCUAUGGAAGAGACAGACAAGGAAAGGAUGAAGCUGGCUUUUGAUAUACAGGAAGAGAAACUCGACCUGGAGCAGGAACUGUUUUGAGACUUCCAAAGAAGAAUUCAAAUUGGUUAUGAAAGGCAUUUUAUUUUAGGUCAUUUAGGACAGUGCACCAAUCCUGAAUCAUAUGAAUAUGUGUAGGUCUCAUUUUAUGAUUAUACUGUGCAACACUGGAGUCUACCUUGCUGGUGAAUGUGGCCUAAAGAGAGACUACCCAGAGAAAAACAGCUCAUCAUCAAGAAUCAGUUAUUCACAUAGACUGGCUAUAGACGUGUCCUGUUCCUGCAUUAUACAGAAGACAGUUUCAUUAUUGUUUUAAAAGCUGCUUUUUUUUCAGCAAGUUUUAGGUGUUGGGUUUGUGAGGAUGGUCAUAAUGUAAUUGUGUGCAUGUUGUUCAUGUGCUAGCCAGCAGAGGGCAGGCAGUACUUCCUUUGAACAAAUUCAAAAUAAACAGUGGACCCUCUGUGAUGAAAAACCUUAAA